AUGCUGUCCGCCUUUACAGCCCGGCCAUUGAUCGAGCUAAAGCAGCGCGACAAGUCUAAGGUCGAGUCUGUGCUUGCCUACGGUGAUCGACUGCUUGUUGGACUAAAUACCGGAAGCCUUCGCGUACACAGGGUCAAUGAGGUGACCAAAGAAGAUGGAGACAGUGAUGAAGCCUCUAAGGAUCAGAGACCAACUUCCCAGCAAGGCAAAAAGCCGGUGGAUCUACUGCGAGAACAGGAGAAGUUCUCAAAAUACAAGAUCGAGCAGCUAGCUCUCGUCAAAGAAGCAAACAUCCUCCUCUCCCUCUCGAACAGCUAUGUUCACAUUCACGACUUGCAAAGCUACGAGCUUCAAGAAACCUUGUCCAAAUCAAAGGGCGCGUCCACUUUUACUGUAACUUCCAAUGUUGUGAAGGAUAAUUCAACGAGAGUCAACUCGAUCGUCACACGUCUUGCUGUGGCUGUCAAGAGGAAAUUACUGAUUUGGACGUGGCAUGAUGGUGAGCUAGAAGGGGACAACCUAGAAUAUACCUUCACUGUCGCCGUCAAGACCAUCACCUGGGCAUCUGCGACUCGUCUCGUCGUGGGACUGAAUACCAACUAUGUUCUCUAUGACGUUGAGUCUUCCGGAGUCAUUGAUAUUGUGGGCCCUGGAAGUAUUGGUGGCGCGCCUGGGCAAGAUGGUGGACGUUUAGGGGCUACAGGCGUCGCAAGCAUUGGCUAUCUGGGAAUGAGUGCUCCCAAGCCACUUGCAACGAAGCUGAGCGAGGGACAGAUCCUGCUGGCGAGGGACAUCAACACGCAUUUCAUCGAUCUCGAAGGUACUUCCUUAGGUCGCAGACAGAUCCCAUGGCCUGUCGCGCCAGAUGCUGUUGGCUACUCAUACCCCUACCUUCUAUCACUACAGACUGCGAGAGGAUCGCUAGAGCUGCGAAACCCGGAAACAUUGACCAUGCUUCAAAGUAUCCCAUUACCCUCAGCAACCCAGCUCCACAUCCCACAACCAAAUAUCAGUCUCGCGCACGCUGGAAAAGGAUUCCUCGUCUUCAGCGAGCGCAUGAUCUGGCGAAUGCAGGCUCAAGACUAUGAGACUCAAAUAGAUCAGCUCGUAGAUCGAGGCGCUUUGGAUGAGGCAAUCAGCUUGACGGGUCUGGUAGAAGACGCGCUACUGAAAGACAAGGCAGGCCGGCUGCGAGAUAUCAAGAUGCAGAAAGCUCAGAUGUUAUUCGAUACCAAGAGCUAUCGCGAGUCUAUAGACUUAUUUACGGAAGUCAACGCACCUCCAGAAACAGUCAUCAAUUUGUACCCAGCCUUCAUUGCAGGUCAGGCCUCAGCUUUAUCUCAUGAGCCCUCCGAUCCUCCGGGCUCGCCAGCAUCCAAAGCUUCCAAGUUGUCCAAACACAAAAGAGGUCCUUCUCACAAAAGUGUAUCGGGUGAGGAGACAUCCAAGAAGGCGUCGAAAAAUGAAAGCAGUGAAGGGAGCCAGGACAACCACAUCAAUGCGAGCAGCCCGUUGGAAGGGAAGGACCUCAAGCUAGCAACGGAAGAGCUGCGAGGCUUUCUGGUCUCCGCACGAACCAGAAUGAAGAAGAUACUCAACUCGGACGGCACGAUGAAGCAAGAAGGACUUCAAGGAACCCUGGGAGCAGGACCUGAAUCGUUGUUUGCCAAAAAGACGUUCAAUCAGGCAGAAGACCAGCAGAAGCUCUUAGACACGGCUAAACUUGUCGAUACCACUCUGUUUCGCGCAUACAUGUUCAUCAGUCCUUCGUUUGCUGGUCCGCUCUUUCGAAUCGACAACUUCUGUGAUCCGGAAGUCGUUCAGGAAAGAUUGACUGAGGCUGGUCGAUAUAAUGAUCUGGUGGACUUUCUCUAUGGCAAGAAGCUGCAUCGCGAGGCUCUUGAACUAUUAGAACGCUUUGGUGAGAAAGAGCCAAGUAAGACCGUACCGCAACUUGCUGGACCGCAGAGAACAGUGGCCUAUCUGCAAAAUCUACCAUCAGAGCUAGUUGAUCUGAUUCUGGAAUUUGCGAAGUGGCCAUUGAAGAAAGAUCCUGACCUCGGGAUGGAAAUCUUCCUAGCAGACACAGAGAACGCUGAAUCACUACCCCGAGAUCGAGUUCUUGAUUUCUUGCUGAACGUGGAUGAGAAGCUUGCGCUCACAUACUUAGAACACAUCAUAAACGAACUCAACGACACCACCCCUUCAUUCCACCAACGACUCGUCGACUUCUACAUCGACGGGCUCAAGAAGAAACCUCAUCCAUCCCUCGAGGCCCGUGAAGAAUGGAAAUCCAAAACCCUCACCUUCCUCCGAAACAGCAAAAGCUACCAAGCCUACAAAGCCCUCAACAAGCUCCUAGCCGACGAUCCCAAUCUUUACGAAGCCCGCGCCAUCGUCCUCAGCCACAUGGGCCAGCACAAACAAGCCCUCGACAUUUACGUCUUCAAGCUCAACGACGCCGAAAAGGCGGAAGAGUACUGCAACCAGAUCUACCUCGCCUCCACCUCCCCCCAGACACCUCAACAACCACAAAGUGGUCACAGACGCGUUUCCAUCACCACGGAUCCAGACGACACCCAACCGUCCAUCUACCAGACCCUCCUCUCUCUCUAUCUCUCCCCUCCCCCGCCCCAUAAACCCCAAUGGGGACCCGCACUCGAUCUCCUAGCCAAACACGGCGCGCGCAUGCCUGCCUCCUCAACGCUAAACACCAUCCCCGAAGUCCUGCCCGUGAAAGACCUGGAGAACUAUUUCCGCGGCCAGAUUCGCUCUGCGAACAGCGUCGCCAAUGAGAGUAGGAUUGUGGCUGGUUUGAGGAGUGCGUUGGCGUUCAGUGAGGAGGCGAGACUGAGACUUGGUGAUGAAAAGACGGGGGGAAUAGAGGGAGGAAUAGGAGGGUUGUUAUUGGCGAGGAGAGGGUGUGUGGGGUCUGUUACAAGAGAUUUGGGGGAAGUGCUGUUAAGGUGA